UCUCUCUCUCUCUAACUUUCUCUCUCAUCCCUUGUUGUUAUAGUGUGGGAGUGUGAAGAGAGAGAAGCUGGUGGCUUUGAGCUGUGAUAUAGCUGUAAGUCUUUUUAUUUUCGGUUGUUCCUUUCUCUCUCUAUCACUACCACCUCAUUUGCUUCUCUCAUUCACACAAUCCCUAACCCAAAAACCGAUAGAAUUAAAAUUAAACUAUAAACCCUCCUCUCUCUCCUCUCUCUCUCUCUCUCUCUCUCUCUCUCUCUUCAAAGCAGUCUGCACAGCCACCCAAAUCUCUCAAUCUCUUCAUUUUUCUUUGCCAGAUCUCCUCCGCCUUGUUCAUCUUCUUCUUCAUCUCAUCUCACAUUCUCCGUUUCAAUUUUAUCUGAGGUGCAGCGGAAAAAAAAAUCAAAAAAAAAAAAAAAAUUCAGCUACAGAUAGAUGUCUGGUGUGAGAUGAGGCAAAGGAAUUGUUCAAGCUGCAUUUGGUGCUGUGGUAACAGCAGCAGUUGUUUUCUCGUGUUGCUUUCGUUGCUUGCUUUUGCCUUGUUGUCGUUUUCGUCUUCAGCUGAUGCGUUCUCCCACGUUCAAAUCGGCGGCAAUGGCGGCCGUCUCUCCGACGCCGAGGUCCUCUUCAUCAAGCGGCGGCAGCUGCUGUACUACUUAGACGAGAAUGGCGAUAGAGGCGAGAGUGUCACCGUCGAUCCUUCUCUCGUCUUCGAAAACCCUAGGCUGCGGUCUGCUUACAUUGCUCUGCAAGCUUGGAAGCAGGCUAUUCUCUCAGAUCCACAGAAUCUCACCGCUAAUUGGGUCGGAUCUGGUGUCUGCAACUACACCGGAGUUUUCUGUGCGCCUGCACUUGACGAUCCUUCUAUCCAGACCGUCGCCGGAAUUGAUCUCAACCACGGCGACAUUGCCGGAUAUCUCCCGGAAGAGCUCGGCCUUCUCACAGAUCUCGGCAUUUUCCACAUCAAUUCCAACCGCUUCUGCGGCACUGUGCCGAAGAAGUUCAAAAACUUGAAGGUACUGUUCGAGCUUGACUUGAGCAACAACAGGUUUGCAGGGAAGUUCCCUUACGUUGUGCUGAGUUUGCCGAAGCUGAUCUAUUUAGACAUCCGGUUCAACGAGUUCGAAGGCACGGUUCCGCCGGAGCUGUUCGACAAGCCGUUGGACGCCAUAUUCAUCAACCACAACAGGUUCGCGUUUGAAAUCCCGGACAACUUCGGCAACUCGCCGGUGUCUGUGAUUGUGCUGGCGAACAACAAGUUCCACGGCUGUGUUCCGGCGAGUCUGGGGAACAUGACGAAUCUGAACGAGAUUAUACUGAUGAACAAUGGGCUGAGGUCGUGUUUGCCGCCGGAGAUCGGGUUGUUGAAGAACGUGACGGUGUUCGAUGUGAGCUAUAACGGUCUGAUGGGGCCGUUGCCCGAUACCAUCGGUGGGAUGUUGAGUUUGGAGCAGUUGAAUGUGGCGCAUAAUAUGCUCUCUGGUUCGAUUCCGAAGAGCAUAUGUAAUCUGCCAAGGCUUGAGAAUUUCACAUACUCGUACAACUUUUUCACCGGUGAGCCGCCUCAGUGCUUGGCGGUGCCGGAGUUUGACGAUCGACGGAAUUGCUUGGCUAAAUAA